AAUGUUGUGAGUUUGAGAAGAAACGUUUCUAAAAAUUGGGUUUUUUUUAGAGAGAUUUUGUUUCUUUAGAUUCUUUGGAAAUGCCGAUGUUUCAGCCGUUAAAGAGAGAUGGGUUAAUAGGAUUUGAAGGAGGUGGUGAUGGGCAAGUCUUAGAUCUGGAUACGGCGGUGAAAGAUGGAGUUCUCGGUGGUGUUAAUGGUGGAGUUGUUGAUGAGAAAUUGGAUCUGAAGAAGAUGAUAAAGGAGCUAGAUUUACAAGAUAUACCUUCUGUUUUCAUUUGUCCCAUCUCGUUAGAGCCGAUGCAAGAUCCUGUGACCUUGUGUACUGGUCAAACCUAUGAAAGGUUAAACAUUCACAAAUGGUUUAACCUAGGUCACUUGACUUGUCCUACUACAAUGCAAGAGCUUUGGGAUGAUACGGUAACUCCUAAUAAAACUCUUCAUCAUUUGAUCUAUACUUGGUUCUCUCAGAAGUAUGUGUUGAUGAAGAAACGCUCUGAGGAUGUUCAAGGACGAGCUAUUGAGAUUUUGGGGACUUUGAAGAAAGCUAAAGGUCAAGCUAGGGUUCAUGCGUUGAGUGAGCUUAAGCAGAUUGUUGUGGCUCAUCUUAUGGCCAGGAAGACUGUUGUUGAAGAAGGAGGUGUCUCUGUGAUCUCUUCUCUUUUGGGUCCUUUUACUUCUCAUGCUGUUGGAUCUGAGGUUGUUGCUAUUCUUGUGAGUCUUGAUCUUGAUUCGGAUUCGAAAUCCGGGUUGAUGCAACCGGCUAAGGUUUCUUUGAUUGUUGAUAUGUUGAAUGAUGGAUCUAAUGAGACUAAGAUCAAUUGUGCGAGAUUGAUUAGAGGAUUGGUGGAAGAGAAAGGGUUUAGAGCAGAGCUUGUUUCGAGUCAUAGUUUGCUUGUUGGGUUAAUGAGAUUGGUUAAGGAUAAGAGACAUAGAAAUGGAGUUUCCCCUGCUCUUGGGUUGCUUAAACCGAUUUCGGUUCAUAAACAAGUUCGAAGCUUGAUGGUUAGCAUUGGAGCAGUGCCUCAAUUAGUCGACAUCUUACCGUCUUUAGACCCGGAAUGUUUGGAGUUAGCUCUGUUUGUUCUUGAUGCUUUGUGUUCAGAUAUGGAAGGAAGAGUUGCUGUCAAAGACUCUGCAAACACGAUACCGUAUACCGUUAGGGUGCUGAUGAGGGUGUCUGAGAAUUGCACUAACUACGCGCUGUCGAUUCUUUGGUCUGUCUGCAAAUUAGCUCCAGAAGAAUGUUCACCACUUGCUGUUGAGGUCGGUCUUGCUGCAAAGUUGUUACUCGUGAUCCAGAGCGGGUGUGAUGCAGCGUUGAAGCAGCGGUCAGCGGAGCUACUCAAGCUCUGUAGUCUACAUUAUUCAGACACCAUGUUUAUUUCCAAAUGCAAACUCACAAGGACAAUCCAAUAGCGCAAAAUGUUAAAUCUUUGAUCACACGACACAUGAUUCAGCGGGGUUAUCCAUGAAAUGGUAAAUGUGCAUUGCGAAUCUGCGUCUGCCCUGAUGUAUAUACAUAUGAAGAGUUUGAAGAUUGAGCUAUUGGUUUUGGUGGUAACAAUUCAAAAGAAGAAGAAAUCCGCAGAUGGAAA